GUUGCAAUGGCGACCAUCACUGAGCUAAAGAGCGCCGUGAGGGACACGCUGGAGUCCCGCGGCGUGCUGGGCCAGUUGAAGGCUCGGAUCCGGGCGGAGGUGUUCAGCGCCCUGGAUGAUCAGCGGGAGCCUCGACCUCCGCUGUCCCACGAAAACCUGCUCAUCAACGAGCUGAUCCGAGAGUACCUGGAGUUCAACAGGUACAAGUACACGGAGUCAGUACUGACAGCAGAGUCAGGCCAGCCUGACGUGCCUUUGGACAGACAGUUCCUGGCCAGUGAGCUGAAAGUCACAGAGGAUGCGAGCUCCAAGUCUGUACCUCUUCUCUAUGGCUUAGUGUCGCACUUCCUGAACAGCGGUGAUAAAGGAGGGAAGGUGUUCCUGAGGGGAUCCUCUCUGCCAGCCGGCCCCACUGCCAGCAACAUCGGACCUGGAUCUAAUGCUUAAGAAUUGACAAUGCAUUGACUACUGGCAAACCUUGGACUAAAGAGUAAAUACAUACUUGGCAGGACAUGUAGCAGCAUCGGACAUUUUGUCCUAAGAUUUGACUGUGAGUGUUAUAUGUAUGCAUUACGGCCCAGAGGAUAUGAACAAUAUGGUGGCAGAAAGCAUUUGUAUUUAUUUUUGCGGUUGCUGAAUGCCCAAGAUAACCUUUUCAUUUUGUGAUUUUUAUUGCUGGCUUUAUCGAUUUCAGUCAUCUCUUUAAUAUUUUUCACAUUUUUGAUACUCUAAUAUUGUCUUUUAAUUGUUCAAAAUAUAUGUUUUAUAUUUAUAUACCACACUGAGUCAAAAUGGUUUGUAAAAGUGCAGUUUUAUUGGGGAACACAUGGUGGCAGUGUCACAAAAGAUAUAGCUGUAGACUGUUGCAGCCAGAGGAUGAACAGUCAAAUUGUGAUUUAAUCUGAAACUUUGAAAGAAUAUCUGAAAGCUUUAGCAAAAAUGUCACAUCUUAACAAAGAGUUGUUUGAUUUUAUAAUAUUUGUGACAACUGAAAUUCAAAUUUCAAAACAUUUAAGGUCAUAAACGCAGUAUACAUAAAUACAGCUGUUAAACAUGAUCCUACAACUACAUUAUGUCACUUAAACAAUAUAAAUAUAUCAUGUUUUAUAGACUAUAA